AUGCCACUUGAAUUAAUAAAAGAAGUCAAAGGACUGCCUGAAGUUGAUCUGCUAAGUAAAUUACACAAAGUAGAUUUCAGAUACCUACAGCCAGGUUGUGAUUAUAGCAGGAAAUAUAUCGAGGGAAAACUCUCACUUAUCUCUUCUUUAACUUAUGGUGGAAACAGAAGAGCUGUUUUGAAGAUUGGACUACAAGAACAAGAAAAUUCAAAUUCGGAUAUCAACACCCUCAGUGUAUUAUUUUCUGGAAAAUUAGCAAAGGACUGUGCUAAAGUUUUCUAUGAAGGGGACACCAUUGCAGUGGCCGGAUUUGUUAUUUUGUCAGCAUCUUCAUCUACAAGCAGAGAUGGUAAACUUUGCUUAUUUUUGAAAGCAUCUGAGGACUUCAGAUCAACUGUUUACGUUUAUGUUAAAUCUGUAAGAGAUUUUUCUACAGAAUCAAUGUCUUUGGUUCCAGCCACGCAUUAUGUAUAUACACCCCUGAAUCAACUUAAGAGUGGCAUGAUUGUCAAUGUCUAUGGUGUUGUGAAGUUCUUUAAGCCUCCAUAUCUGAGCAAAGGAACAGAUUAUUGCUCAGUUGUAACAAUUGUGGACCAGACACAUGUAAAGUUAACCUGCCUGUUCUUUAGUGGAAAUUAUGAAGCCCUUCCAAUGAUUUAUAAAAAUGGAGAUAUUGUUCGCUUUCACAGGCUGAAGAUCCAAGUAUAUAAAAAGGAGACUCAGGGUAUCACCAGCUCUGGCUUUGCGUCUUUGACAUUUGAGGGAACUUUGGGAGCUCCUAUCAUACCUCGUACUUCAAGCAAGUGUUUUAACUUCACCGCUGAGGACCACAAAAUGGUAGAAGCCUUACGUGUUUGGGCAUCUACUCAUAUUUCACCUUCUUCAACAUUAGUGAAAUUGUGUGAUGUCCAGCCAAUGCAGUAUUUUGACCUGACUUGUCAGCUCUUGGGCAAAGCAGAAGUGGAUGGAGCAUCAUUUCUUCUAAAGGUAUGGGAUGGCACCAGGACCCCAUUCCCAUCUUGGAGAGUCUUAAUACAAGACCUUGUUCUUGAAGGUGAUUUAAGUCACAUCCACCGGGUGCAGAAUCUGACAAUAGACAUUUUAGUCUAUGACAACCAUGUUCAAGUGGCCAAAUCUUUAAAGGUUGGAAGCUUUCUUAGAAUUUAUAGCCUCCAUACCAAACUUCAGUCAGUCAAUUCAGAGAACCUGGCAACAUUUUUAGCCCUAGAGUUUCAUCUCCAUGGAGGCACCAGUUACGGUCGGGGAAUCAGAGUCUUGCCAGAAAGUAACUCUGAUGUGGAUCAACUGAAAAAGGUUUUAGAAUCUGUAGAUUUGCCAGCCAAUCAGUGUUUAGAGGGUAUAUGUCAAUCAGAAUAUGAGGACAGCUUUUCAAAUAUUUCAAGCUCUGGAUCAGUAUCACUAUAUGAGGUAGAAAGAUGUCAACAACUAUCGGCUACAAUACUUACGGAUCAUCAGUAUUUGGAGAAAACCCCACUGUGUGCUAUUUUGAAACAAAAAGCUCCUCAACAAUAUCGUAUCCGAGCAAAAUUGAGGUCAUAUAAGCCCAGAAGACUCUUUCAGUCUGUUAAACUUUAUUGUCCGAAGUGUCAUUCACUGCAAGAAGUUCCACAUGAGGGUGAUUUGGAUAUAAUUUUGCAAGAGGGUGCAACCAAAACCCCAGAUAGCAAACUACAAAAUACAUCAUUAUAUGAUUCAAAUAUCUGGACCACUAAAGAUCAAGGAGAACGAAAAGUAGCUGUUCAUUUUGUGAAAAAUAAUGGUAUUCUCCCACUUUCAAAUGACUGUCUAAUUUUGAUAGAAGGAGGUACACUUAAUGAAAUCUGCAAACUCGCAAACAAGUUUCAUAGUGUAAUUCCUGUGAGAUCUGGCCCUGAAGACCUAGAAGUCCUUGACCUUUCAGCACCAUUCCUUAUACAAGGAAAAAUACAUCACUAUGGGUGUAAACAGUGUUCUAGUUUGAGACCAAUACAGAAUCUGAAUUCCCUGGUUGAUAAAACAUCGUGGAUUCCUUCUUCUGUGGCAGAAGUACUGGGUAUUGUACCUCUCCAACAUGUGUUUGUGAUGACAUUUACUCUUGACGAUGGAACAGGAGUAUUGGAAGCUUACCUCAUGGAUUCUGAAAAAUUUUUCCAGAUUCCAGCGUCAGAAGUCCUAAUCAAUGAUGGCCUUCAGCAAAGUAUGGAUAUGAUCAUGGAUAUGUUUUGUCCUCCAGGAGUAAAAAUUGAUGCAUAUCCAUGGUUGGAAUGCUUCAUCAAGUCAUAUAAUGUCACAAGUGGAGCGGAGCAGCAAAUUUGCUAUCAGAUUUUUGACACCACAGUUGCAGAAGAUCUUAUCUAAUUUUGACAUUCAACUUAGCAUAGGUAAAAUGCUAUAAUUUUGGAAAACAUUACUAUUUUCUAUGCGACUGCUAUAAAAGACAUAAGAGAUGUUAGCGCU